UUAUUGUAAAGUAAAUACAUUUCAGUUCAAUAUAUGUGUUAUUAAAUAUGUCAGUAUGUUAGUAAUAAAAAUAAAAAUAAAAAUUAUUUAAUUUGUGUUGGUGGACAUCCCGAAUGAAAAUUGACAUUUCGAGUCGUGCUGUAUUUUGAAAAGCCGGCAUGAGUUCAGAUUUAAUUGAAAUAGACGGAUCUGUUUUGGAAGGAGGUGGCCAAAUUCUGAGGGUGGCUCUUUCAUUAAGUGCAAUAAGAUGUAUUCCUAUAAGAAUAUCAAAAAUAAGGGCGGGCAGAGGCAAACCAGGCCUAAUGGAACAACAUUUAAAAGGAGUGGAACUAGUCAGAGAUAUUUGCAAUGCGAAAGUCAAGGGAGCUGAAUUAAAUUCUACAGAGUUAGAAUUUCGACCAAAUAAAAUAAGAGGUGGAUCCUUCCAGGCCCAUGUAAGAACUGCGGGGAGUAUAAGUUUGUUAUUGCAAGCUAGUUUGCCCUGUACUUUAUUUUCUCAAGCUAGUACUACAUUAACAUUGCAUGGUGGGACUAAUGCUGAGAUGGCACCCCAAAUUGACUACACUACUGAAGUAUUUAGACCCAUUCUGGAAAAGUUUGGAGCCACAUUUGACUUUGACUUAGUUCGAAGGGGAUAUUUUCCUAAAGGAGGAGGUGAAGUUGUGAUAAAUGUAAAGCCUGUGAAUUGUUUAAAUGGGAUUGAAAUGACAGAGUUUGGAAAUGUAUCAUCAAUAUAUGGGUGGAGCUUUACAGCUGGUUCACUGCCUCUAAAGUUGUCCCAUCUUAUGGCUGAUUCUGCUUGUAAUGUUUUAUCUAGUAUAUUUAGCAAUACACAAAUUGAACGAUACAAAGAGGACAGAAAUAUAGCACCAGACAAUGCUUCAGGAAUAAUUUUAGUUGCAGAAACUUCAACAGGUUGUAUAUUGGGAGCAUCUGCAUUGGGCAAACGAAGUGAGUCACCUGAAGAGACUGGUAAAAGGGCAGCAUCUGAACUCUUGCAUACUAUAAAAAUGGGAGCUUGUGUUGAUAAUUACAGUCAAGACCAAAUUGUAAUAUUAAUGGCAUUAGCAAAAGGUCCAUCAAAAGUCAGAGUAGGAGAAUUAACUAUGCAUACAAAAACAGCAAUGUUUGUAAUUGAAAAGUUGAUGAAUGUACAUUUUGAUGUUAUUCCUUCUGGAUCCACCAAUAUUAUUCAAUGUGCUGGACAAAUCUGAUUUUUGGAUAUGUGUUAUUUAUUGACGUCUUAUCAUCAAUUAAUUUUGAAAUGUUGUGAAAAAUCUAAUUUAUUCAAUUAAUGUUGUAAAUAUCUUAUUAAAACUAAAUGAGCAUAAUAAAGUUUGAAGAUGUUAAUUUCAUACAUUACAUAA